UGACACCUGUCAUUUUGUUGGAAACUUCAGUUGACACUUGAAUUUUUUACACUUUUAUAGUUUUUUAUUAUCAAUAUCAUUUACAGAAUAAUACAUUUGUGUAGAAGUAUGUACUUGAAGUUUGAUUUUUAAUAUACUCUAAUUGAGUGUACAAAGAUCAGUAUAAAAGUUAGUUUUCUAUAUAAAUUUAAAUUAAUACAAGUGUUUAAAAUGACAAAAGCUCGUCCAGAAGUAUCUCAAAGUGAUAUUGAAGAACUACGAAAAGCAUUUUUGGCUGAUUUAGCUUCCAAACCAAAUGACUGUAUUCAUCCUAAAGAUUUUGAAAAAGUAAAAAAUAAUGAUGAUUGGCUAAGAAGGUUCAUAUUGCACCAGGAAGGGAACAUAGAAAAUGCUCGCAAUAUGAUGUGGACUUCGUUAACAUGGAGAAAGGAACAAAAUGUGAAUGAUAUUAAUGAAAGCAACGUCAAAAUGGAUUUCAUUUGUAUGGGUCAAUUUUUUAUAUUUGGUGCUGAUAUCGAUAAUUGUAAGUUGUUGGUGUUCAAGUGUAAAAAACACACGAAAAAUUCUAUUGAUAUGGAUGUAUUGAAGAGAUGUAUUAUAUAUUGGUUCGAGAGAUUAGAAAGGGAGUGCAACGGAGAUCAGUGCACAAUAUUUUUUGACAUGGAAGGAUGCGGUUUAAGUAAUAUGGAUAUGGAAGUUAUAAAAUAUCUUAUAGGACUUUUUAAAGAAUAUUAUCCAUAUUUUUUGAAUUAUAUAUUAAUAUUCGAAAUGCCUUGGGUGCUAACUGCUGCCUUUAAAAUAGUUAAAACUUGGUUGCCUGAAAAAGCUGUGGAAAAAAUCAAAUUUAUAUCUAAGAAAGACAUAAGUACCUACGUGCCUGCCGAACAUAUCCUCAAAGCUUGGGGCGGUCAAAAUCCUUAUGUAUUUAGCUUUAUACCUGAUACAGUCUCUGAAAAAGAUGCAGACAAAAUCGAAGAAGAAAAAAUUAUGUCUAUGAAUAAUAACAAGAAGGUUCACUUUGUCGAAGGUUCAAUGUCAGAACAAACUGCAAAUAAUAACGCCGAUAAAGAUACUGAUGGAGGCUACCUCAAAGUUUCUCCACCGAGCAUCAUUACAUUUGUCAGAGAUUCUAAUGAACUCAUCAGUACCUUGGAACUACAAAACACAGAUGAUACUUCACACGUAUCAUAUAAGCUUAAGACAACUUCACCUGAAAAGUUCCGAGUAAAACCGAGUACAGGGUGUUUGGCACCUGGAGAAAUCGCGGUAGUAAAUGUAACAUUAUUACCAGGAUUUCAACUUGGGGGAUUAUCCAGGGACAAAUUUCUUGUAAUGAGUACUCCAAUGGAAUCCAAUGAAUUAGAUAAUUUAGAUUUGCCAGAAUUGUGGAAGAACACAGGUGGUAGAAAAGUGUAUCAGCACAGAUUGAAAUGUAUCCAAAGUGGUGAAGUUACCAAAAACGGAAACGUCGUCAUUUCCACGCCUAAUACAGUCGUUGAAAACGAUCAAAACAACUUCAAUUCAUUGUCUUCAUCUAUUUCUGAACUACGAAAUACUCAAGCUGAAUUGAAGAAUUCCAUGAAGUGUAUCCAGUAUUUCCAAAUUGUGACCUUAUGUGUAGUAUUAGUCGUAGGCGUUAUAUUAGGAUACAUGGCCUCCAACGUCAAAGAAGUAUCACAAGAAGAUUCCUAUUGCAGAGAACUAAAUAAUCCAUAACAGUGACCCGCUGCCUUUUUUAUUUCAUAGAAUUCCAAUAAAAUAUUGAAUUUUUCCUACAGGCUUAACAAUUACCGAAUCGAAUGCCAUUUCAGUUUUUAUGUCGUCUCUCUAAGUAUGACACAAUUUUAUAUAUAACUGUUGAUUUAUUAGAAAUAUUAAAUAUAUUUUAUGAUUCCAAAUUUGUUUUCAAUCAUAUAUGUAAUCAAUUCUAAUGUAUCGAAGAAGAAAAUAAUAUCCAACUACAUUUU